ACACGGCGGGAGCUGCGGCGGGCGCGGGGCUAAUAAAAACAAAAAAUAAAGACAGGAAGAAAUGGAGAAAGCUCGUUGCUGGCGGUAACGGUGGGGGCAGAUCUGGCGGCUUCGGAGCUCGUGCAUUUCCCGCUCUUUUGGCUUCUAUGGCAUCCGGUGAGGAGAUUACUGUCUGUGACGAUGAAAUAAGGUCUCGGUACAGCCACCUAGAGAAGAUGACAGAUUUGGUGGCUGUUUGGGAAGUAGCUUUAAGUGAUGGUGUUCAUAAGAUUGAAUUUGAACAUGGGACCACUUCAGGAAAGCGUGUUGUCUAUGUUGAUGGAAAGGAAGAAAUAAGAAGAGAAUGGAUGUUUAAAUUAGUGGGUAAAGAAACAUUCACUGUUGGAGCUACUAAAACUAAAGCUGCUAUUAACAUUGAUGCAGUCAGUGGCUUUGCAUAUGAAUAUACCUUGGAGAUCAAUGGAAAGAGUCUCAAGCAGUAUAUAGAGAACAGGUUAAAAACAACCAAUACUUGGAUAUUGAACUUGGCAGGUACAGACUACAGAAUUGUCCUAGAAAAGGACACUAUGGAUGUGUGGUGCAACGGUCAAAAAAUGGAAACAGCGGGUGAAUUUGUGGAAGAUGGGACUGAAACUCACUUCACUGUUGCUGACCACAGCUGUUGCAUUAAGGCUGUCAGUAGUGGAAAACGAAAGGAAGGAAUUAUUCAUACCCUUAUUGUGGACAACAGAGAAAUCCCAGAGGCUGUGGAAUAGCCUCUGCUUAACUGAUUAGGGUAGGACUAAGAUCAGGAAUUUUCAAUUACUGUGGUAAUUAUUUUAAUAUGUACUACUUGGUACAUCUAGUUUGUGCUGGGUUUAUUUUCUAGUUUCUGUACACAAAAUUAUUCUUUUUGAGACCAGAUGAAAAUAAUUACGUACAACCUCUUACAUUACCUGUUUUUUAAAAAAAGCUAUAUAUAUAUAUAUAUAUAUAUAGAAUAUAUAGCAUAUCACUACGUGUGGAGAACACUGGUGAAACAGAAAUUCUAUGUCAGGAAAAAUCAUGCUAUAAUAAAAUGAAAGAUAAAUAUUCAGUAACACUGAAUCCUUAACUGCAGGUGGAUGUGGAGUGAAGAGAAAGCCUGUACUGGACACAGGAGUAAGAUGUUAAAAGCUUUCUCUAGAGUUAUUUUUUCUAUUAAACUGACUAUGGACCUUUUCACAUACAGUUAAGGGAAAUUACAUAGUUAAUAAAAAGGUUAAUAAUUAAAUACAUAGUUAUCAAUACUUGUGUUACAGUAUUAAAUUAAUACUGAGUUAUGAAAACUGUUCUCUAUUCCCACUAGGAGCAAGAUGUUACAUUGUGCCAAAAAUAACAUUCCUUUCGGUGAUCUGGAAAGUGAUGCUGUAGUUCAGAAACUCAUUACUGAGUUUUUUCAAAAAAGAAAAUAGAAGAAAAAAAUAAUUCCUGCCAUGAAACCCCUUAAAAAUAUCUCUUGGAGCAUGCUGACAUAAGAACUUACCUUUGUUCAGUGCUAACAAAUCUUAAAUAUACAACUGUGUGUUUUUAUGGCAGUAAUGUGUGAAUCAAGAAAUAUGAGGACCAAGGGGACAGAAAUGGAAAACAGUUGAUUACUUUAAUGGAAUAGUUAAAAUAGGAAUAGACUAAUCCUGUUUUCAGAAUUGCAGCAUAAUUUCUAAGAGCAACCUUUGGACUUGAGAGCAAAACUCUUGUGUUAGUGACUCAAACUACAAAACUACCUUUGAAACAGCAAGCAUAGCUAAUCUUAAAAAUAAUUUUUAAAAAACCCCAAAUAUGAAUAUAUUAAUCUAAAAGUUUGUUUUGCAAUGGUUGAAAAAUAUUUCCACUUGUAACCUCAGAAUUCAGAAUUAAACUUUUAUAACUUAAUUUCUCUUGGACUUGUGAAUGGUUCCUAGUACUAUACUAGCUCAGGAGUUGCAGGUGCAGUACAAGCAUCCUGGGAACCCAUUAACAAAUUAUUUUGAAAAGUUUUAUUGAAUGCUAAUUUCACUAAUUUCAUCUGUGUUUUAGAGAUCAGCAGGCUUUACUAGAGGAGGUUUCCAGGUACCUAAGUGCUGGACUGAAUCCCCUUUUACACUGGAAUUACUGUAACAGCUCUUGGGCUUUUCUGUGUAUUUGCUUCAGGUCACUGCAGAAGCAAUGUGGGGAUUCCUGGCUACAAGGCUGACAGUGUAAUCUUUAAAAGAUGUUGGUAAAGGUAGAUUAAUUGAAAAAUAAUUUCAAGCUGUAGCUUGAACCAGUUCUCUACUAUUUUGUAACCUUUCAAAGAGAUUGAAUGCUGCUGAGAAAUCUGAAGCUCAUGUACAGUACAAAUCACAUUCUUAAGACUACAGAAAAAUACAAGUUACAGAUAGUGACAUUCAUACUUUUUAUUUUGAAUAUGUGCAUCUACAGUGCUUGAAGUAACUAAUAAAAAAUGUACAGCAGUCAUUGUAAGAAA